CUGCUCUUGAGCGACCGCUAUGGCAUCUCGCAAAUGUUUAUCUAGUAUUUUUCUCCGCGGUGGUGUUAUUUUUGAUAAAUUUCGUCUUAAUGGAGUUAAAACUCAUGCUCGAUCUAUCUUCUGGUCACCGAUAUAUAGUGAAGAGCAAGCAAAAAAUGUUCCUAAAAGCCAUGGUCGAGUGAAAUGCACAUUGAUUCCUGGUGAUGGAGUAGGUCCUGAAUUGUGCCAGGCUGUCAAAGAUGUUUUUCAGGCAAUUAGUGUGCCGGUGGAAUUCGAAGAAUUAUUUUUAAGUGAGGUCCAUCAAUCUAUGAGUGUAUCUGUCGAAGAAGUUUUGCAGUCAGUGAAGAAGAACGGAGUAGCGUUGAAAGGUACUCUUCAGUCUCCUUUCAGUACACACACAGGUGAGCUUCAAACAUUAAAUAUGAAAAUCAGAAAGGAUCUUGAUCUUUUCGCCAAUGUCGUACAUGUGAGAACAUUCCCCGGUGUGAAGACAAGGCACAGCAAUUUGGAUUUCGUAAUAAUUCGAGAAUCUACUGAAGGCGAGUAUAGUGCUUUGGAGCACGAGAGUGUACCAGGAGUUAUUGAGUGCCUGAAAAUUGUAACAAAAGAACGUUCCCAGAAAAUAGCAAAAUUUGCUUUCGAUUAUGCCACCAAGAGAGGUCGCAAGAAAGUUACAGCUGUUCACAAAGCUAAUAUAAUGAAACUUGGUGAUGGUUUAUUUCUGCGUUGCUGCGAAGAGGUUUCCAAAUUGUAUCCUCAAAUUGAAUUCUCAAAUAUGAUUAUCGAUAACACUUGUAUGCAGCUGGUGGCACAUCCAGAACAGUUUGAUGUGAUGGUGAUGCCCAAUUUAUAUGGCAACAUAAUAGAUAAUUUGGCAGCAGGUUUAGUAGGAGGUGCUGGUCUAGUUCCUGGUGCGAGCUACAGUUCUGACUGUGUAAUACAUGAACCAGGUGCUCGUCAUACCUUUGGAGAAGCUGUAGGAAAAAAUAUAGCAAAUCCAACCGCAAUGCUUUUCUGUGCGGUCGGAAUGCUACGCCAUGUGAACUUAGUUUAUUAUGCUAACUUGAUUGCCGAGGCUGUUGAAAAUGUACUGAAAGAAGGAAAAGUUCGAACGAGGGAUCUCGGUGGUUAUUCUAGCACAUCCGACUUCACACAGGCUGUCAUUGAACACCUUCCUCACUAAAGCAUUUGCUCUAGAAUUUAGCUACUUAGUUUUUUGUAGUAUGUAUUGAGAAAAAAAUAAUACAUACUUUUUGCUGAAAUAUUUCAUAAUCAUAGAAUCAAACAGUUAUAAGAUAUAGUCUUUUGUGUAACUUAAAAUUAUUGAAGUGAGUUAUAUUGGUCCAAUGUUGACAAAAACAGAUGUUUAAAAUCUCUGUUUAUUUAUAUAUCUAAUGUUAUUUACUUAAAAAUCAAUAUACAUUAGAAAAAAAAAUGUUCUCCAGUAGAGAAACUGACAAUUUUUAUUGAAAAUUUGAAGUCAACAAAACAUAAAAGAUUUGUUUAUAGUAAAUUCUUAUUUUCUGAGCUUUCAAUUUCAGCAUAAUGAAAUUUUGUUAUAAGAUAUUUAUUUUUGAUUAUUCAUUGCUUCCUUAUAUAAAUAUUUAUUAUUAAUUAUUUAGUACUACUUUAUUAAAGUGGUCAUCCUAUAAGCCCUUAUUGGCAUUUGAAAUUCUCUUAUUGUGAAUUGGAUAUAUAAAUUCUUCAAUUUUAAUAUUUCAUUGCAGUGUAGCAGUGGCUGCUUUAAUUAGGAAGUAUUUUUUGUUUUAUAACUUAUUAAUUGUGUUUAUAAAAAUUUAGAAAUUAAUUUGAGAAAGUUCUGUAAAAUUAAUUAUUUUGAAAAUAAGAUAUCUGAGCUAAUUUAUAUUAUUAUUUAAUCUGUAAGUGCACUUGAGAAAUAUCAGAGCUUUGAUUUUUUUUUGCCUACGAAAUUUGAAACUAUUUUCUGUUAUGUAAUUGAAAGUCUGAUGUGAAUAAUAGUCAAAUAACUGUAAAAUGUGUGUUUCUACUCAAAUCUUGUUGGAGAUGCAUGAAAUAUUAAUAAAAUGGUAAAAUAUUUCAGUGAAGGAAUGUAGGAUCAUGUAUUAAAUUAUAUAAAGUAUAUUAAAAUACAUUUAUUGUUAUGCAAAUCUGUGUUAGUAUAUUGUGCAAUAGCAUACUUGUUUGGUUAUUUCACAUUAAGAUGUAGAUUUAAAAGUCUGGUGGGCUGUAGUUAAUGGAUUGAGGAGAUUUAACUUGAAUACUUCUUCAUACAAUUAAAAACUAAAAUUUGUUGCAAAAGUUACGUGAUUUAGCUGUGGUCUUUCUAGCAGUUUCACUUCUUUAAAACUCUUUAAAGUUGAAAGAAAAAUUGUAAAAUUUAAAAUGUUUAUUGUUACUAAAAAAUUAUCUAUAAAAGAUAUGUGAAAUUUUCUUUUCAAAUUUGUUAUAAAGGAUAGAUUUAUGAUGAAACAGUUAAGGAAUUAUUCGUUGGUUCAGUUUUGUUAUAAAUAAAUUUAGACUAUUUUGAAAUGGUUCUCAUGGAAGUGAUCCAAAAGUUUUUAUCAGAACUCUGCUGUUUAUUUUAGUCAGGGCUGGAUUAACCAUUAAGCCAUAUAAGAACACCACAAAACAAUCCUUAGACAUUCAGGAAAGAUUACACUAAAAAUUUUUCCAUUGCAGGGUAAAAUCUGCAAUGGAAAACCAAAACUGAGAGAGAGAAGAAAUGAAGAAAAAACUGGUAUAAACGUAUGUGGAUGCCCCUAGAAUCGUUUUGAUGCUUAGGGCAUCUAAAAGCAAAAAGUGCAAUUUAAAGAUAUUAAUUUCAUAAUAGGUACAAUAAAUUCUGAACACCUGAAAUUUCAAAGGACUAGAAUAAAUAUUCGAGGAAACUGAAACCGUCAAAAAACCUUCAAACACUGUAUAACCAAAAUGAAAAGCAAUUAAAAGUAUUAAAGAACUGAUUAAAAUUAAAUGAAAUUAAUUAUUAUAAAAUUAUAUCGAGCUGAUUUUGUUGGUUUUAAUUACUUAUUAUUUAAAAUAAAAUCGUACAUUAUUCAUAUGCAUAACAAUAUUAUUUUGACCAUUUUUAAAAUUUAUUUCCUUUCGUGAAAAUGAAUUUUAGUAUGUAUAAUAGAAAAGAUAUUUCAGUUAGAACAUUUUUAUGCAUACUAUAAUUUUUAGCAUUUAUUGCAUUUAGUAUAAUACCAGUAGUGUAUAAUUUCAUAUACUUGAGUACUUGUUAACCUUUCUGUUUGAGUUCUGAAUGUGAUAUUGUCAUUAUAUUGUAGAUGAUGUUAAAAUGUAGUAUCAUGUAACAUGAUGUAAGUGCAGUACAAAAUCAUAACACUGUCUGUUUGGCAUUUAAAAGGCUGGCCAUCAGAUUUUCUGAAGAUAUGUAAUCAACAUUAAAAGCCUGACUAACCAGAUAAACUAAAGUGACCAGAAUAUUUUAGAAUUUUAGAAACUUUAUUUUUUCCCCAAAAAAUCUGAGCAGAUGGGAGAUUUAUAAAGUUAUUUUGUAGCAUUUUUUGGACAGUGUCGCAAAUAGUGGAAUUUAGCACCAUUAAUGGACAAGUCACAACACAGUCAUAAGAUCCUCACAUUGGCAUUAUCCAAACAUAAUUAAUUCUUGAUUAUUUAGUUCAGUUUUAUUAUUAAUAAGGAUAAGUUAAUUGCUUUAUCUGUUUUCUCUCACAUUUUGAAAAAAAUUAAUAAAAUAUGGGAGCUGUCUUUUACAGAAUAUUUGCAAUGGAAUAUUUUAAAAAUUAUGAGCUCCUAGCAUCAAGAAAAGUGUGCAUUUAUGGGCACAAUAUGCAACUUAAUUGUAAAACAGAUAAACAAUUGCAAAGCAAGCAUACAAAUUUAUAACAACUGAUUUUAGUUUUUAUGUCAAUAUCCAUAAAAUGUACUUCUAGAUUAUUGAACUAAAUAUGAAGAGUGAUUUCUUUUAAACUUCUGUUAGAAUGAUCUGUCUAUGUUUAGUGUUAUCCCUAUCAACUCUCAUGGUCAGUGGGAUUUCAUAAUCAAGAUAAGAUGUUUUGUAUGUUUAAGGCCUAUGGUUUUAUUUCUAAAAUUCCAGAAAUUGUACAGAAUGCAAGAUUGAAAUUUUUUUGAAAUCACUGAACCCUUUCAUUGCCAAGUUCUCCAGCAUUAAAUGCGAGCUGUGGACUACCAUUUAUUAUGAAUUGAAUAAAUUUUAGCUUUUAAUCUGAAAUAUAGUAAUUGUGUCUGAAAACUUUUUAAUAGCAAACUAAACUGCCAAAUUCAACAAUAUUAGUACUACUGCCUUGACAUAAUUCAGCGAUAUUUUAUGGAAGGAAAAGAAUGGUGACUUAAAACAAUUAAUAAAUCUGCUUGCAAGUGGCUUUUGUUUUAGUCAAAAUUUCAUAACAGUUGUUUUUAAAGCAAAAUACUGUUUUCCUAAAGAAUUUUUACUGUAGUUCCUCCUGUUACAGGCAAAUCCCUUAAGGAAAAAUCAAGUUUAAAACAAAAGUAUGCUUUAUAUGUGUAUAAAAAAAACUCAUAGGAACAAAAAGAGUGCUUACAAAAAUGGUGAGGUGGUUAAAACUGAAAAAUUAUCAUAUGUGUUGCUGAAGAAGUGUUGUGCACAUGAUUGUCAAAAUUUUGUGCAAUCUACUGAGGUAGUUGUAGUGUAAGAUAAGUACCUAAAGUCUUUUAUUUUGUCAGCAUUAGGAAAGAAGUUUUCGACUUUGAAUCCAUGUUUUUAACACUAGAAAAAGUCCACAAAUAAGUGUAGAUUUCUCCAGUGAUCCUGAUCUAAUAAGUUAAAUUUAUUAUAUCAACUCUGAAGAAAUGAAGGGAAAAAAUUCUCUGUUCUCUUUAUCCUGACAUAAAUUUGAUUCUUGAUCUUUAGAAUAAAAGGAUAAAAAGUAAAUAAACAAACAGCAUGUUGUAAUUUUUUUUUUUAAAUCCUUUUAAAAUUGAAACAAAAUAGUUGUUGCAUUUGGAAUGCAUACAUUUGCAUUCAGGCUAUAUAUACACCUCAAAUUUGAGCAUCCAGACAUUUUUAGUAUUGAAUGCAUAUGCGAAUCUAUAGUCAUAUUAAAUUUAUUAGGCACAAGCAUAUAUACAAGUUUAUAAAUGCAUAUAGCAUUUCUAUCCAUUAUUGCCCACCAGUAGCCGAGCGGUAAAAUCGCUGAACAUUGGUAGUUCAGUCAGAGGCUCGAAUCCUGGCUGCAUGGGCAAUUUUUGUAGUUUUCACCUGUGUUUAAUGUGUAUACAAACCAGUUUCCCUUAGAAAGUCCUUCAUGAAGGCAUCCUUUUCCUUAAACAGAUAGUUCUCGAGUGCUGUGCCAUAACCAAAUAAUUCUAUCCAUUAUUAAUUAAGAACAGAAAUGUACAAAAUCUCUUAGUCCACUAGAGACAUAAAGGAAAAUCUAGUUCAUUCAUUUAAAGUUGUAUGUUUAUAUAAUUUUAAGUCUUCAUUUUUAACUUUAUACUAUUGUGGUUUUAGAAAUUGUUCAAAUUAGAAAUGAAACUUAGAUUUUAAUACUUGUAUUAAUUGACUAAAAAGAAAACAUUAUACAAUAAUAACUUAUUUCCUAAAUUAAUACCUAGGAUAUAAAUUAUUUUAGGUGCUUUUCCAUUAUGUGCUCACAAUCUAAACAAAUUUCUAAAUGGUUGAUAAUGUUACCUACAUUUUUAUUAAAGUGCCCAAAAUAAAUAUUUAAAAAAAUAUAUGCAAUAUCAGCAGAUUAAAUAAUUAGUAUUUAUUGAAAUAAACUUCAUUGGCUUUCUCAAACUUCAAAGUUGAUUUCCAGAAUAAACUGUUUAAGCAGUCACUUCGAUGACAGAGCUGAAUAAAUCUUUUUUUGUUAUACGAACUCUGCUAAAUGUUGUUAGUUGUCGUUUAUUCCUUUUUUUGACUGACUCCCAUAAACAUUGUACAGUCUGCAUAUGAACACCAUUUUCUUGGUCUACAAAAUUCAGUCUCUAAUUUACUUUGAAGUGAAAAAAGCCUGCUCUUUUGAGUUCAUCCACUUUAUAUACCUUCCAACAGUUGGAGUAGAUAAUGGAUCCCUUGCUUACAUUUUCUUCAAUACAUCUGAGCAGACAAUCUGCCCCUCUGUUUAAAACAGCAACAAGGAAUUUAUCUUUUAUGUCACUACAAAUUCCUCCAGAAGCCCACUGUGGUGGGAAAAUACGCCUGGCAUUAUUCAUCUGCUUCGUGAAAAGAAAUUCGUCUAUUUUGACGAUUUGCCCUGAUCCUCGUAUUUUUUUCUGUUCUUGACCCAAAACAUUUUCAGUGCAAAUUUCUGGUAGAUAAUUAUUCCAGUCAACAACAGUUAUGUGUUUUCACAAAUUUGGAUGGAAGGCAAUUCCAUUAAACACAAAUAAAUGAAUGUUAUGGCAGUUGUGAAGGGGAGAUAAUAAUUCUUAAACCACUUGCCUUUUAUGGUGCUAAUUUGAUUCUUUCAAGAGUUAAAUAAAAUGGUUUGUGCAGACUGGAGCAUUUUUUCUCUGAAGGGAUAAUACUGCUUCGUUUAUAUUGAAUCUGUUUGUUUCAUUGUAUGGAAGAUUAAAAAAAAAAAAAAAAGUAUCGUUGCAAGGACUUCGAACUACAAAGAACUUCGAAAGCCAGAUCAAAACAUAAAAACAAGUUUAGCCACCUCAAAAUAUUUAGUUAAGAUAGUUUUCACUUCUCCACGUGUAACUGACUAUGUCUUUAAGAAAUUUGUUUAGAUUGUGGGCAUUUAAUGGAAAAGUACCUUAUUUUUAACUUUUUUUUAAUAUUUACCAGUUUUUAUUGUCAUAUAUUUUUAAAUUUUAUAACAAUUAAAAUUUUUUAAUGUUUUAUAAAGUGUUGGCCUACUUUAUUAAAGAAUGAGGAACUGUAAGAGUUUGUAGUAACAAUAAUAUUGAUGGUAUCUUGUCACUUUUAAAUGAAUUUGUUUUUCUUGUGAAUAUGUUUUCAGUGUUGUGUAUGGAUUAAAAGUCAUCAUAUAUGUUGGCUUUUUUCAAUCAUUUAAAUGUGAGAUGUAUUUCUGGUUUCUGAAUUCUGUGACACUGUGAUUCAAGUAUUCAAUUAAAUCCUUUUUAAAUGAAAAAUAUUAGCACUGCCAUCUUGUAUAUGGUAAUAAAAAAAGUAUUGGUAUAAAAAUUUAUGCCAUGUUCCUAGUUAUACAUGUUGUAGUUAAUAGCCAUACAGAGCAUUAUUGUACCUUGUGAUACUGUAGCUUAGAGCAUAUGUGAAGUAAAUAAAACAGAUAAAUUAAAA